CAAUUGAAAACAGCGCAAAAUUUGUAAAUAAUUUGUUUCCACUUGUUUUUUGACAAAAAAAAAGUGCCGUAAUAAGCGGUGACCGACACGAGAGCAACAACAAUAAGAACGCAACACGCAGUGCAGCUGCCAAGGACACGAACUGUAUGAAAGUAGUGCAGCUAGGAGCAUGAAACGGCAUUAAACAAAACAAACAAAAAAAUAAAGAAAUAAAACAAACUCCAAAAAGCAAAACAAAGUACAAAGUUUUAUAAACUAUCAAGCAACUAUUAGCUAUUUGUUAUAACUAAUUAAUUAGACAAAACGGCACAUAAUACGCUACAAGUGUAUACAAAGCGAGAAAGUAUUGGUUUUUUUUGUUAGUAAAGAGAGGAGGAGCAAAACGCAGGUGAUUUUAGCUUUUAGAAUGGCGGCCAAUAACUUGCGACAGAUUCCAUUGACCUGCAGUGGACAUACCAGACCCGUGGUGCAUUUGGAUUUCAGUGAUAUCUGCGACAGCGGCUAUUUUCUUAUAUCGGCUUGCAAAGAUGGCAGCCCGAUGUUGCGUCACGGCGACACCGGCGACUGGGUGGGCACCUUUGAGGGUCACAAGGGCGCCGUUUGGGGCGUUGCACUCAAUCGGAAUGCAACGCUGGCCGCGUCGGGCGCCGCCGAUUUUACCGGCAAGGUAUGGAACGCGGUGAGCGGCGCCGAAAUCCACAGUUUCCAGCACAAGCAUAUUGUGAAGAGCGUCGCCUUUGACAAUAGCUCCGAGAACAUUGUCACCGGCAGCAAUGAGAAGCUGGUCCGUGUCUUCAAUCUGGAGCAACCGGAUGCCGAACCGGAGCUGUAUGCGGGUCAUGGCGGUGCCAUAAAACGUGCGCUAUUCUGCCGGGACGACAAGUGCAUCAUUUCGGCGGCGGAUGAUAAGACGGUCCGGCUGUGGGAUCGCAUGACCGGCAUCGAGGUGCAGCGUCUGCAAUUCGCCAACAAUCCCAACAGUCUGGAGAUCUCGCACGACAAUCAUGUGCUGACAAUAACGCACGGCUCGACCAUCAGUUUCUGGGAGAUCGAGACGCUCAAAAAGCUAAAGGAGGUCAAGGUGCCGACCAACGUGGCGUCCGCCAGCCUGCAUCCGGAUAAGCAUGUCUUUGUCUGCGGAGGCGAAGACUUUAAGAUGUAUAAAUUCGAUUACAUAACAGGCAACGAAAUUGAAUCCUUCAAGGGUCACUUUGGACCAGUGCAUUCAGUGAAAUUCAGUCCGGAUGGCGAACUGUAUGCAAGUGGCUCCGAGGAUGGCACGCUCCGCCUGUGGCAGACCACGGUGGGCAAGACGUACGGCCUCUGGAAAUGCACCGAGCCCAGCGAGCUGAACAACUCGCUCAGCUCGCCGCGCGAGGUGCCGGCAAACUGAUGUUGGAGAAGCACAAGUCGCUGCUACACAGCGCAACAGCCACCGCCGCCGCCGGUGCCGCCAACGCAUCGAAAAUGAUUGUCAUCCAUAAAGAAUCAUUCACAUUUCGAAUACACAUAAUUUGAUAAUUACAUAUUUCUUUUCAAAAUGACUACAUUAACGAAUAUACAAGAUUCCAUUGGCUCGCAGAUAAAUGUAUGUAAAAGUGUAAAAAUAAAUAUGGGAAUCGUUUUGCUAAUCAAA